CCGCCAACGAUGGCGUCGAUAUGAGCUCGUUCUCCCCGUUUGUUCUACAUGUCCGAUUCACAGUCAUCGUCCUCGCGUCCGCUCGCUCCGUUCCCUAACCCCCUGCAAAAGACCAACUCGCCCGACGAUGUAGUGCCCGGCCGGAAGCACAAGACCACCGCCUGUAGGGCGUGCAAGCAGAAGAAGUUGAAAUGUCGAGGAGAUCCGCCCUGCGAACAUUGCGUGGCAAAUGGCAUCGACUGCCACGUCGACGAGAUGGCCGACAUGCGUCGGAAAUUCGCCAUGAAACGGAAACUCGACCGGCUCGAGCUGGCCUCCGACGUCCUCCUGCGUCUGGUCAACGCUCUGCGAGAAAGCGAAAGCACCCGCGUCGCCCAGCUGCUGAACCUGAUCCGCAGCAACGCGUCCUUCGGCGAGAUCCAGGUCUUCCUGCGCCAGGAAUUCACCCCGUCCGAGAUCGAAGGCUCCCCUGAACUCCGCGAAUUCCAGAGCCAGCUGUCACGACCGGACGAGGAGGCCGACGAGGAGGAGGCCAGCGGUGGUGCCGCCGGCCACCAUCGAAGCGGGCGCCGAAUGCUGGACGUCCAUCGUCUCACCGAUAUCCCGACGUACCGCGUGCCGGCGAAACCGUGGACAAAGGUCACCGACGACGACGACUUGGUGUCUCAUCUGGUGUCGUUGUGGUUGACCUGGACGUAUCCGUAUUUCCACUGGAUGGAUAAGGACGCGUUCGUACGCGACAUGCAGGCGGGCAGUUUGCACUCCCGAUUCUGUUCUCCGUUCCUGGUGAACGUGAUUCUCUCAGAGGCCAGUUAUUAUUCCGACUACGCCGAGGUGUUUACCGUCCCCGGAGACCCCCUAUCGCGAGGCACGCAUUUCUACGACGAGGCGCGUCGGUUACUGGAGGAGGAGGAGGAGGAUGGUGCUGCGUCUCUGCCCACCAUCCAGGGGCUGUUGAUUCUCUUCAUCCGAAUGGUUCUGAUGGGAAAAGACCGCAUGGGAUGGAUGUACCUGGACCUCGCCUCGCGAUCCGCAGCCGAAUACGCCGCGUCUCACCCGCCUCGACCGACAGAGAACGAAUCCGCACGGGAACUGGAGGAGGUGGAAAAUCAUACCUUGUGGGGGACAUUCUGCAUUGCCGCUACUGCCGCCGUGUCGCUGAUGAAACACAUUGACGUGAAGCCUCCUCGCCGUCCUCGCGUGGCGAUUCGCCACGACCCCCACGACGUCUGGUCGCCAUACCCGAGACAGGCCGAACCGGUCCCCGGCCACCACAACUGCGUCUUCGACCGAUGGUGCGACCUCAGCUGCAUAUGCAUCGAGAUCAGUCGCGCUUUCCACGACGUGGAUGACCGAUCGCCGCAGUUCUCCAUAACACACGUCGUCAACGACAUCUACCGACAGCUGCAGGGCUGGUACGCCAAUCUGCCGGAAUGUCUCCACGUGGAAAACGCCACCGUACCACACAUCCUGAGCAUCCACCUCUUCUACCACACGACAGUCAUGCAAAUCUUCGGAUUCCUCCGCUCGAACCCCAGCGCCCGAACAGACCUCGACCCCAGCGCCGACCACGCGCCCACCAUCUGCCUCUCGACCGCCCGCCGAAUAUCCUACCUGCUCAGUAUCCACCGCGACAAGUGGGGCAUCGACCGGAUGGCCCCGUCCACAAUCCAAUGGAUCAGCAUCGGUCUGUUCACACUGCUCGAGGGCUUGGACGCGCUGGAGAACCGCACGGCGUUCAUCGAGCUGUGCAUCGUGGCGCGGGCGUUCUCGCGGCGGUUCCCCCUCGCCAAGGGCAUUCUGCGCAUGAUCCAGCUGUCGGCGAGCCAGCAGCAGGUGACGCUGCCGGCGGAGACGGGGGCGCUGUUCACGGACUUCGAGAGCCAAAGCUGGCGCAACAACGACGCGCACGAGUUCAGCAGCUUCUAUCCGCAUUUUUCGUCGGUCAUCCAGCAGGGCCCCGCGCGGCAGCCCGACGUCGCGAUGGAUUUGUUUCUGGAGAAAUGGGACCAGUUCGGGAUCGGCGAGGACCAAAAAGAUACUUAAUGAAUA